GAUUAUCUGUUCGCCAACUAGGGAAUCGUCAUCGUCGCGCUGCAGGUGUUUUCUCAAUUCCGCCUGCCCAGGCAACUGAGUGGAUUGGUUCACACACAUACACACACGCCGGAACUGUGGCUACUCUUGUCGCCGACCCUCAUCACACUGAUGCCAAUUGUAUCGGAGAGAUACGAACACGAUAGCAUCCCACAGCACACGCACACACGUUGCCGGAGAUGAGGUACAUAGAGGACAUCCGUGAAGUGUUUGGUUCCGAUCGGGACGGAGGCUGUGUUCACUGUCCGCCUGAUUCCGUCAACCUGUCGUGGUUAAUCUCUCCCGCAUUAACCGCUAGUGUUGUACUGCCUCGUAGAAGACGUGCUAUGCGACUGUGUUGUGCAUCUGAAUGUGUGCGAGGGAUUAUUGCCGUGUGUGUGUGACUUGGUGCACAGUUGUGCGUACGCGCCUGCGCUCUGUCGCAUUGUGCCACGGAUAAACAGGUGCCAAGCAUCGGCUAAAGCGAGGACUUGUAAACACAAGAGCAACAGCAAUCAAGGGCAACAAGCUUCGCACGGUAUGGUAGAAAGACCGAGUGGGAUUGGAAAAUCUUACGCAAUGACGACGCAGACAAGGGACGGGCCGGUUGCAUCUACACGCUGCGCUGGCGCUGCUUGUGAUUGUCAACAAUUCCAGCCGAACGUGAACCGACCGCGUCGAUGCUCGGAUUGUGGUCACACAUGGAUUAUGCAUGUAAUUUCGAAGUUGACCGAUCCUACCAUCAGCGCCGAAAGUAAUCAAACCAAUCCAUCUAUCAUGUUCAGCGUGACGUUUGAGAUUAUGAGCAUGACACUAUUCGGCUGUCAUGCUAUCCCCAUUCGUAUUAAAAUUCUACUGGAUCGCCUUCUUUCGGCACAACUUAUGCAGGCGGAUGUGGUACGCCUAUUGUUACCGUUUGGAUGGACAUUCCAAGAUUACAGUCGUGGGUACAUGCUAACGAAUAUGCAUGGGCAUCUUCGGGAUAACUGGGAGAUGUGUCGAAUAGACGAAGAAGCAUUGGUAAUAUACCAGUUCCUUCGCUUUGAAGAGACGCGUCAAAUGGCACAGGUGAUGCUUGCGCAGAUUGAGGAACAAUGCGAAUCAAAUACCUUCAAAUUGUGUUCAGCUCCUCAAUGGACCCCCUACAAGCAAGUAGAGUUCCGUACAGCCACCUCGCAGAAAUGUGCAAGACAAGAUUUACUGUCUCCAUCCUUUCGAUGUAAGAAUAACAUCGAGGUUAAAUCAUCUGCCGAGAUAAAGAAUUUGCUAUCCCCCACCACACCUUCCUCGCCGACGACCCGUUCACUUACAAUCUCCUCUUUCUCCGGUACCUCAUCCUCCUCGGGAUCGCCAAAUAAUGACGUUAAAGUUCCAACUCAACAGCUUGCUACCAAGUUUUUAAAGCACGCUUAUAGCCAAGACACGUGUAAUGAAGUAGCCAAUUCAAGGAUGGCGGAGAGGAACGUCAAAAUUGAGACGCAAAGAGAGCAGAGUGCCACUGAUGGAGUACAAGAAAACCAGCCAAGCAAAGAAACGUUGAAUGGUCCUAGUCAGUUAUUUGCAGCAAUGACAGCAGCUGCUCUAGCUGGGAUACCCGUAGGUACCAACUGGCUAGGUCAGACGCAGUUUGCGGCGGCAGUGGGUAAGAACACGGAAUCCACAAGUCGAUUGAAAUACACGGAAAGUGAACAACGCGUAGUAAAUGAUAGGCUAAGUACAGGAUGUUCAAAAAGAGAUCAGAAACAUUUCGAUGGCGUACGCAGUUUUUCCGAGCAUGAACCGAUCAAGAUUCCCAAUGUGGCCAUGAGAAACAUAAAUGGACGGGAGUGUUGGCCAACAGGGCCACAAGGCGAAGGCAUGAAUGGAUUAGGGUCCAUUGGUCAGAGCGGGAUGCCUUUUAACCUGUGUGGUCUUCAGUUUCCGCCACAACUUGCAGGCGCUUUGGCAGCUGUGCUUCGGAGCAGAUCAAAUGGUCAAAACUGUCCACCUUCUAUGCUCAGCUCAUCCAAUCCAGCGGAGAAUGUGUUGCCGCUGCUGACCAACCCCGGAGGUUGGAUGAACAAUCCACUGAUGAAACCUGCAACAGCCCUUCCGCUCCUCGGUGUUGCGGCUCCGUUUGAUCAAGGUUCACUAGCUAUGUGGCCAUCGGUUACCAAGUUCCUGGAGAAACGUGACCUCACUGCGGAUGCAUUCAAUCAAGCCACAUCGAAGUACCAUUCAAUUCAAAAGGAGUUCAUGACCAGUACACAGUCGCUGAGCUUAAGAAAAAUGGAUAGCACGGCAGAGGUAACGAAGAGCUUCUUCAAGUCACUGUCAGAUGCUCAUCCGAACUUUGUUCCACCGGUCGGCACGGAUACCUUCGAAUCAGCCAUAGACAGUGUAGAAGCCGACUGCUUGCGAAUGAACCGAAAGACGUUGGAAUCGUCACCGGCGGACAAACCGAAAAUCGGCAGGAACCUGUCUGCUGAGUCGGUCAAACGUAGAGCUGAUGGACGCAGGCAGGACGGUUCCAGACGCACAGGACACUUAGUCGGGGGCAUUAUGUCUAGCGAAGAGCGCAACACUUCCGGCGUAAACGCAUCACGCAACAAAAAACGUGUCUUGUGCACUACGUGCAAGAAAUCCUUCUGCGAUAAAGGAGCUUUGAAGAUCCAUUAUAGCGCAGUUCAUCUGAAAGAAAUGCAUAAGUGCACCAUAAAGGGGUGCAACAUGUGGUUCAGUUCCCGCCGAAGUCGCAACCGUCACUCAGCCAAUCAGAAUCCAAGAUUGCAUAUGACCCACACGAGCAAGAAGCUUCCUGACAAUGCAACCAUCGUUGAUGAUGGCAGUGGUAAGACCAUCGGACGUCGAAACCCACUGCCAAAUUCUGUCCUCAAUCCUCCUCUUUUGCCGAACGCAAUGCGUAGUGCAUUUAGUUACUCGUGGGCUGGUGACUCUGCUAGCCAGUUAGAGGAGAACUCACCACCCUUCCUAUUCGACACAAGCGGUACAGUGCCAACCAUGCGUGAUCGCAGACGGACAUGUGAAGAACGCCUGACCUGUCCGCCUUCGGUUGAAUCCAUGAGCCAAGGCUCAGAAUGUAGCCUCCCGAAUGAGAUCAGCAAAAGAGUGGGCGCCAUAACAGAUCCUCGGGAACAGUCUGAGUCUACUAAUGGGGGUCGCUGGAAUGAGGUAGAUCGCCCAGACGGAGGAUACGAUAGUGAGUCAGAUGAAGAAGGAGUCCUUAUCCCCGAAGGCCUGGAUGAAAAUGAUGACGUCAGUGGAGGAUACUCUGGUCACCUGGAAUCGAGUGAUAGAUCACCUGUGGCUGAUGACAGCGAUAAACAGCAAUGGAAUGCGCAUCCGUGGUCCAGCGAAACAGUCCACUACAUUGAGAGUGCGGCUGAAGCUGUGAAGAAUUUAGAUUGCUCGAAAGAAUAUACAAAAGCACCAAACAACCCAGCUUUCAUGGGCGAUGAAAGACAGCAUAAGCAAUCUCUCCAGUUUGGUGUAGGGAAGAAUUUCCUUGCCAUGGCUCUGGCCCGCUCCCCUCAAACUCAAAGUGAGGACGGGGAUGAUAAAGUAUCAACUACAGCAGGAUCAACCAGUAGAAUGAACGCUACGGAAUACGUGGUUCCAUCGAAGCGGACAUGCAACACGAACAUCUUGACAGAGACCGUCCCCCCAGUUUGACGACCACCUCAGUCCAACUACUACUUUUCAUACUAACCUAUCUGUUUGAUCUGAGUGCUUUGAACUAUGCUUUCAGGUGCAUCUUAUGCCCUGGCAGCCGUUCGCAUCAGCGUGCCAAUACUCAUUUUCAAGGCUAGUUGAUCACGCUUAUCAUGGUUAUCGAUUUAAUUUGAAACUGUAAAUAAUGAGCAUGUUUUGAUUACUAUACUAAAGUUCUGCGCAUGU